AUAUUACAGCAUACUGUUAAUUUUAUUGUCUUGCUUGUGCUGUUCGCGUGUGUUAUCCAUCAGAUAUUUUCAUCAUAACUACGGAAUUGAUUCCAUUUUGGUCAUUUAAACCAGAAAUAACCGUCGUUGACGUACAAAGGUAUUUAUAAAUUCAGUAUUUAUUAGUUUUCAUCUACAGUAUACUGUGACCGUGGUCAUAACUUAUGUAUUGUACAGAGUAAAUGCGUGCAUGGCUGCAUGCGCGCACUAAAUUGUCAUCCACACAUAAAAAUAUAAAACAUUGAAUUGAUCUAUAUGUUUACGCUCUCUUUGAUAAAUAAUGGUCGAGAUAUAAGGGUAUUUUAAAUUAAUAAAUUGUUAAGUGAGAAACAUUCAAAUGCUUCAAAUAAUCGUUCACCUCUGCACCAGCGUAUGUUUCAAGUACUUCAACUUUGCAUUUCCCUUUUCAUUUGUCGAAGAAAAUCUUACCUUAUGAACCUAAUCUGCAAAAGAUAGUGAUUCAUAUAUAGGUAACCUCUUGUAUCUUUUGGAAAACAAGCUUAAAAUACGUUAACUGAGCUAACGUUUAUGAACCAACAAGUAUUAACUCAUCGUCCUUAGUCGAACAGUCUAGCGUCAGGUAACUAAUCUAUAGUUUAUUUAGGCUACCUAAAUCAAAAUACCAUCAUUGAAAUUGCUGUUUGGCCCGUUUCAAGGCCAUUUUACGUCUCGAAUUUCGUUUGUUUAUAAUACAACGGCAGGGAUUUAUGAUUGUUCGCAGAUAUAAGCGAAAUUGUACAGAGUUUGAUAAUCGCUCAAAAUAUAUAAUAAGUCGGUAUACCCCGCUUUUGUCGACUGUAAUGACUUUAUUUGAAUUGUCAGAUCAUUUCAGCUAUACAGUACGCUAUAUGUAUAACAGGAUGAACAACAUUUAAAUAUAUAUAAAUUAUAAUACAAUAAAGUGUCAAAUAGUGCUUUUUCAAGAAGAGUAAAAAAACAGGAUUACUACCAGUAUCAUAUCAGAUUCCAAAAGGUAAUUUUUUUUAACUUCAUGUAUUGUCGAGGUGAUGUCUCCAAUACACUUCGGUAACGAAUUUCAUUCCUAUGCUCCUCCAUAUUUAAACAUUGUCAUGUUGUGCUGAUUUUACCAUUGGUUGGUCUCAAAGUGUUUUAUCGACUCCUCAGUUGCCUUUCUCAAUAUUAAAGCUACACUUUAAAAAAGUUUUAGCUAAUCUGGAAUGACUUUUGUAUUGAGUUUUUCCAGCAUUAUUUCUGGUUCAUGCUGCAAAUUCUGCCUCGUGUCCUAAUUUGACAAAAUAUCUUGUUUUUCCUAAUGAUCAAUUUUGACUGUGGACACAAUUUUACCUUACUCUUGGUAGCCUCUCCAAAUAUGUAUCCUAGCAUGUAUGGAGAGGCUAUCGUGGGACUUAUAAUUGGAUUCCUAUUACGGUUUAGGUGACAAUAUAGUUCAAUUUGUUAUUGUCACUAUCAUUCCCGAUAAUGAUGUCGCAUCAACUAGUCUAUACCCUGCAUUAUAAUCAUAGCACAGUAUGAAUACCACAGUCAAGGGGAGCAACUUACCACAGGACGCGUACAUAAUAGAACUAGUGAGUUAGAGGGGGUUCCAAUUUAAAUGUGUACGCAAUUUGCCUUUCAUGUCGAGUUUUUCCAUGAACAUUACUUUGGCUCAUGCAAAUUGUCAUUUACCGAGAUCACACAUUUCUAUUAUAUAUCAUGAUUCUAGUACUUUCUUCUUUAUGUUCGACAUUCCGGUGAGUCUUCUCGCCAGGCUGUUGCUUCAGAGUACUGAAAAGUGCUCUUAGUGCAUUCCAAGGGAGAGAAGUAUACUCAUCCCAAUAUAAAAGGAGAAAUCAGAUCCCGAUUCGACGUGGAAACUCCAGAGGAAUAAAAUUGUUAGAACAGGCAAUGGUUAUGGAGAAAAUACUGGAUCAAAGAUUGAGAUUGAUGCAUAUGGUUGAAAAAAAUGUGGUCGAUGAGAUUCAAAGGGAAUUUAUGCCUGGUUGGUCUACAACGGAUGCAUUUUCAGUGAAAAACAGAGAUUUGUAUUCCUGCGUUUACCUGGAAAAAGCAUAUGAUAAGAUUCCCAGAAACCUGGAAUAAAUGGAGAGAGCUAUCGGGAAUUAAAUGGGAUAAAAUGAAGCGAAGCAUGUUAAAAGUCACUCUAUUGGCUACAAAACAGUAAAAAAGGUAAAACGAGAAUGAGAGUUCAUAAGAGUUGCAACACUCGCUCACGUUUGACCGCCAACUCGUAUACGCUCACAUUAACUCUCAUUGAUUUAACUUUGAGCUGGUAACGGUUGACUUCCAGUCAACUCUCAUCCACUCUCAUACAACUUUUGUUUUCGUUUGAUCGAGACACGAGAGUCGAGAAAACUCUCAUCUAAACUAUCGCUUGUCAACUCAAAAAGAUCCUGGAAAUAACGGAACUGCGUAUGUUGAGAAGAAUUUUGAGGAUGACACUUAAAGACAGAAAAAGAAGUAAUGAUAUCAGGAGGGAAUGAAAGUGACUAACAUGAGGGAAAAGUUGAUAGCGACAAGAAUGAGCCGGUGGUUUGGAUACCUGCAAAGGAUGAACAGUGAUAACCUUGUCAGGAGAGUGAUGAAUAAGGAUACUGAAAGGAAGAAGACGAGGAAGACCUGAAAGCGAUGGAAGAAUGCCGAGACGCCAUUGGGGAAAGAAGAUGCGAGAGACAGAAUGUGAUGGAAAGGAAAAAUUCGAGCGAGCGAUCGUGAAUAAUUGGACAAAGGUCAUAUAGGAAAAGAAGAAGAAUCAUCUCCUGACAAAUUUCCCGAUCUUUUCGUAAUUAAAUAAGAGCUGAAUCUGAUCAACAGAAUAUCCUGUUCCAUAUUUCAAAUGCAAACAGAGGUAAUGUGAAACAAUUGACAGUAGGUGCAAUACUCCCGAAUGAACCAACUCAACCACAACUUCAUAUCAACAUAUUGGAAAUCAAAUCAACUCAUCAGAGGCGCCAGAAUAUCGAUAAUUGGGGGGUGCAGGUAUUCAUAUAUUCGUGUUCACAGACUGUAAAAACAAUCGAUUUAAAAAGAACUUAGUUGGGCAGAACACGAAUAUAUGAAUCAGUAUUAUAUCUGCCCCAAUUAUCGAUAUUCCGGCGCCUCUGCAACUCAUAUCAUAUAUUCAUGCCUUUACGAGGCAUCAUUCACCUGGAUAUUCACAACAUCCGGUUAUUGCAGCAAUCUCAGAAACCUACAAUCUUGUCAGCUUCGUGAUAUUGACUUAAGAUUUUUUCACACUGAUGGAUCAGUACACUGGGCGAAUUCUCUAUCGUGGUUGAUUGAAGAAGAAUUGAGAGCAAAAUCUCCAAUACCUGAAGUACUAUUCGUAAGAACAUCAGAUCGCAACUUUAGCAAACGAUCGAGAAGUACAGCCAGAGAAUUUCACUAUAACUUCGUUUGGGCACCGCAACAUGAUACCCACCAUGAAUGGGAUUUACAUUAUUAAUUGAAUAAGGAUUUUUUUCAAUACUACAAUCUACAUUAUUACUUUACUUUAUUAAUUUAACAAGGAUUUUUUUUUCAGUACUACUGUCCUCUCCCAGAUAAAAGUGUUCCAAUUGGACGCAUGCGUAGUUUAACUAUAUGAAUGCCUAGUGGUACCCAGAAUGCUCACGGUCGAUUUGCACUGGUCUUGAGUAUAUAUUUGUCGACUUCUCUAUAGUUUAACUUCUUUACAAUAAUUCUUUAUACAUCGCAAGGAGCGACAAAAGCCUUUAUAACCCCUUUGCGAAAGUCUAAAUGAAUAAGUAUCCUUCUAACCAGUGUCCUCUGGGCAAGAUACUUAGUCAUUUUUAUAAAACCUUACAGCACAUGUAUAGGAUUGUAUAAUUCAGAGAAAAUGCUGUACAGAUCUUUAUAGGUUAGUUGGAUAUCGAGUGUUAUUGAAGAUAAAUCCAUUAAGACUAUCCGUAAUUUUACAAGUAUUGAUUAAAUAUACAAUUUCGAUCAAAAUUCAUGAAUCUUGAUAAGAACAUCAAGAUCAUACAGCCGAAUAUUGUUAUCGUAAACGCUGGGGCAAAAAUUUAGUGGAGAAUAAAUUAAUAAGGAAUUGCCUUAUUCCUUGCAUAUCAUUUUGUCUGGGUAUUUGACCUGUAGUUUCCGAUUAACUCUCGUGAGAGCCGACUGGAUCACGCCUUUCCGUAGCGUGCCACGGUCAUGUUUUUUUUCUCGAGUAUAGUCAAAGGUGAAGAAAGCGUUGAUAAUAAUAGUCUCGGAUUUUUUUUCUAUUUGAAUUUUUUUUAUUCUUAAGUGAUGUAAGUGAUGUAUGUUGGUUUUGCAUUGUGCCCUCACGUUUACUGAUGAUUAAGUGUGUAUUCAUGACCAAGAUUCUGGAACAUGUUCAAAUAGUAUCGUCUAUAUUAUAAUCAUAUUGCCGGUAGUGAAUAAUUUGAAAUCAUAUUAUAUAGUUACAAGCUGAGUCUGUGUAUAGUUUCAUGGACAUAGAUUAAUGUAGUUGGUAAUCAGUACUUUGAUUACAUGCUGGCAUGUUUUAAUGGCAUAUUUUUUACACAAAAGCAGCUGCAGAGAUAUUGCCAUGGUAAAACACCAAAACACAACUGAUGAUGGAUUAUCGAUUUUUCUAGUCAGUCUGCUAAAGUUAUUGUUCGAUUGAGCAAUCACACUGGAACAUUAUGACAUGAAAGUUUAAAAAUUAAAAUGUGAUUUCAAUCCGACCAACUAAUUUUAAUUUACUUCUUGACGGGGUAACACGAAGAAUUACAACUAAUAAAACUGCGGCUCUCUAUAUAAAGUUACAGGUCGUUCUGAGUUUUUAAAACAUGAAUCAAAACCGUAUGAUAUAUAUAUAUAUAUAUAUAUAUAUAUAUAUAUAUAUAUAUAUAUAUAUAUAUAUAUAUAUAUAUAUAUAUAUAUAUAUAUAUAUAUAUAUAUAUAUAUAUAUAUAUAUAUAGUGAAUCUCAAAGAAAUAUUUUGUUAUCCACAGCAAUGAGCUCAUUGCCGGCUGUGACUUUGUCUGACAAACUUCCUGGACACGUGCAGAUUUUGAAACAUUUUGAAGUGUUUCAGUUGAAACCUUCAUUGUUUUUAGUUGACUUGAACAGCUGUAACCAAGUCACACCCGCACGCACCAAUUAUCAUACACAAUCAAGUGAAAUAGAUUUUCCGGCCUUUUGUGUUUUGCCUGAAACUAUUUUGACAAUUAAAGUAUACAGACUAACAGAUAGCAAUGCUUUUCAGUGAAUGGUACUUAAUGAACUUCAACUGGUUAAGUUGACAUAAAUGAAAGGUAACAGAAAUCAAUAAUAACAACCACAUUUUAUAGGCGAUGUCAUAGUUAAUCAGCAUGAGGGUGGUUGAAGCGAUCACUUUGAUGAGUGUCAACUUGUGAUACUUGCCUCUAAACUGAAUGCACUAGAAUGUCGGCAGUGCAUAUUUUGAUUUGUUUAUUACAAAACAAUAAAACCACUCUGACCGCUGUUGCUAAGUUUCAUCAGAAAUUGUGAAGGUGCUUCAUAUAAAUCGUUAUUCAUGUAGGAGAAUCAGUGAAAUGUAAGGUUUCUGCCUUGGUGUAAAUGUUGCACGUUUUCACUUUUCAUGCAAUAUCAAUAUUACGCUUAUAUUUUAAUUGGCUAACUGUACGUGACUAAUUAUAACAUCUUGUGUGAGUUUCUGCCAAUCAGUCUGGUUAUCUCAAUUCCCAUAACACAUAUAGCCUACUGCUGAUCGAUUACGAUAUGAAUUAAAUCGGUAUAUUACAGCAUAUGCAUGUAGGGUAUGGUAAACAACUCGGUUAGAUUGCGGUUCCAGUAGGCAUAGUGCAUGCUAAACGUAAAACUUCAGGCCGCAUAUUACAGCAUUACAAAAAAUAUCUUGAAAACUAUCUUGACUCUGUUUUAAAUCCCACAAGUUUCAUUGUCCAUUGUCUAUUCUAUUCAAAGGCCAAUUCCCGAAAUUAUAUAAUGAGUAGGUAAUAGACCAACACAGCCAACAUGCACUGUUGAAUAUUUUAUUUAUAUAUAGGCUAUACACGGAUUACGACAGUACGACUGGAGUGUAGUGUUGGCUGAUAUAAAUUCUGUGACAGUCACAUGUGAUGACAAAGUAUAACGAAUUAUAACUGUUUGUCUUCUCUUUAAAUUAUAUACAUUUAUGAUCAUGUAGCUAUCUAUACCAUGUUUCUCUUUAUACCAUAUAUACAUAUAUACUUUAUCAUUUUGAAUUUUACAUUUAUACGAAUAAGAUAACUUGGAGAGUACACAAUUAAGUUCAUUACUGCACAGCUGAUUACAAUAUCACACACUGCAUUUUACAGAAAUCUCAUCCAUCAUAUGAUAUUCUGGAAAUGUUACUCAGUUUUAUGGUCAUAACAAAAACUAGACCAUUUAAAGUGUUUUUCACGUUUGAUUGGCUGCCGAUAUUAAUAAAGAAAUCACCAUUUUUGAAAUCAAUAUUUAUUAGAUAUAAAGAUAAAUUCAGAGAUGCAGUGGCGGCAUAAACCAAGAUGGUUAAGGAAAUAAUUGACAUAGUUUAAGAACACAAAUCGCCAUUAUAGUUUAACAGGUCAUCAAUCAGUAUCAUUUUUUGUUUGAAGUAUUUAGCACCCUGGCAGACGCCAGAUUGCUGCGUUGUGGUAAAGCCUUUAUUGUUUGAACAUGUCUCGUGUCAUACAAUAAAAACAUGCUGUGCUGUCAUACUGUGUCCUUCACAAUAUAACGGUGCAAACGGUGUUAACCCAUUAACGCAUUUUUUAGAUUUUUAGAACUCUGCACAUAGCAAUCAUAAUCGGAUUUAAUUUUUUUGUGUCUCGGUAACUUUACCGCAAUUAGGCAAAUGUGCAUGUCGUGCUGAAACUCAUAUCCCAAGAAUACGUUUUAAUGAUUGAAAUAAUAAAAAGCCUUUAUUUAGUAAGAGCUUCGUUAUUAAUAAGCUUAAUAGGUGCUCAAUCAUUGUAUUAAAAAAAUAUAUAUAAAAUAUUUCUACUAUAGUACAAUCAUAUUACAUUAUAGUGUGGGCAGAUAAUUCGAUUUAAAUACAUAUAAUAAAUAUGUAAGGUAACCUUUAUUCUUGUGCAUGACAGUUCAGCGCUAUAUAGAACACUGCAUCGUGAUUUCCAUAACCAUGCAUUGGAACAUGAAUGUUUAUAUAUAUAGCAAGUUCCGUUUCAGUCUGCAAGGUUGAAAAACUUCCUGAAAAUACAGAACAAAGUCCAACCAUUUCAAGCAUAUAUUGCAGGUAAGGAAGUUGAUGAGAAUAUGUAUCUGAAAUGUAACUGCAUGUGUGUAUAGUGAGUGAUAUAAAAUUGAUAGCUAUAUUGAUGUUUUAGCAUCCACUCACAUGUGUUAACACAUUCUUGCUAGGUGUGACAGCUUAAUAACAAACUGUUUGGCUAUUAGAAGCUUGUUCAUUAUCUAAUGGAAAAUCAUUUGACCACUUAUUGAUAUAUCCGGUGUUUAUACCUGCAAGCUUUCAAAUUAUUUCGUAAUGAGUUUAAUGACCACCAAAAUUUGGAUUUAUCUUCCCUUCGGAUGAACUAAUUGACUGUCGCCUGUCGGAGCCGCUGUAUAUACUCUGUCUGGCUACCACUUCGCAGCUCUAGUCAUGCAAUGUUUCUACAUAUCCCUGGAGUUAUCUCUACAGUUCUUUAAUUCUGUAGGAAAAAAGACAUAAUCAAAGAAAGCCGAAGAAAUAUAUCACGUAUUAGCCUGCCUAUAUAUCUAAUUUGUCUAUAUCCUCGCCAAAAUCUAUUUAUCUAUUUGUCUUCACCAAAGAUAAAAGUGAUAUCCGGAUUACUAUACAAUGUAACAAUGAUUUGAUAACUGUUGAAUAAUAACCCUCAAUUGGCGGACACUUCACAAUAUUUGGCUUAACUCAUCAUUUUUCAGCAGCGGCGCGCCUUCAUCCUAAAGAGCGCAAGUAACGAUUUUUAUAAUGACCUUUGUUAUUGUCACGAUAUGACAUUUCAUCCAAGAUUCAUUUAUUGACAAAAAGCAGGAAAUUUUUAAUUUUGAAAGCAUUUUAAUUGAACCUUUUAAUUCGGGGACAAGCCUUACCGAAAUUCUUUAUUGCUAUUAUAACGUACUAUUGAACCUUUGUCAAUCAGUGUCUAACAAAAACAGUUAUUUGUGUUAAAAUUAACGUCCACAAGUAUUGUACUCGCCAAAGGCUGGGCGCGAUUAACGCCACGCCAGUGUAGUUUGUUUGAUCUAUUCUCAUUUCCCUUUCCGACCGUAAUUCAAAUAAAAUAACUUUAAAUUACCAACUAAAAAUAUUUGAGAUGUUUCAUGCAAUUACGCCACAACAUAAGUAUGUAUAUAUUAUCCAGUGUUUUGAAGACAAUUAAUGCAUUAAGUUUUUCUUAAACAUGCUAGAUAGAAAAAAAUGAAUACAUAUAGUGAUAUGUUUGUAAAGGAAACCACUACGGGAAACCACUACGACGAUUAUAUUCAGCGACUGUAAUAUCGUACAAGAUUGACAAGAUUGCGGAAUAAUUAUCUGCCUGUGGCAUUUUUGCUAGAAUUUUAGCGAUCAAACUAUUUUUAAUAAGAUGUGAUUAUUCGAAGUAUAUGUAAAACAUUUAGCUUGGAUUUUCGCAAAAAGGGAUGUUUUCUUUUACAGACAAGCCUCAAGGUAGGAAGAAUAUUGAAAACAAAAAACAUUUCUAUCAUUUUCCUAGUGUGUGGGUGUCUUACACUCCCUGCUUGCAUUCCGGAAGUUGCCAUUUAAGUCCCAUUAUGGUGAGAAGAUAAAAAGGGCAAUUUAUUGCUGAUAAAGUCAUUCAUUAGGCGAACUUGUGCUGGAAACAUUCGAUCAUUUUUCAAGCAUCAAAAGUUGUGUAACAAACGAGAAAAAGUUGAAUAUACAUUUCAAUGUAAGUGAUAAAUUUAGCGAAUUACUUUUUACUAUGUUACCAUGCAACAUUCAGUAUAGGUAGUAUUUUAUUCUUAUAGUUGUGGCCUGUAUAUAGUGUUGAACGAACAAGAAUUGAUGGCGUAAUAUGUCUCAUAAUAUUUCUUGUGCUUACGACUGCGGCUUGAUACUACUACCUAUUUGUCUUGAACUGAUGUUUACUAUAUAUGUCUAUAUGAGCUUAGAAAUGUAGCUACAUCGGUUUUAUAGUUGAUCGAUCUCUUAGUUUUAGGCUUAUCGUAUUCAGUAUGGUCGUUAAUUUAUAAAAUACGAAUGAAAACUUAAUUCGUGUAACGUGUAGGUUAUCGUGACCUAUAGUUCAGUUUCUAGUAAAAUGUUCCUUCUUAAAUUUCAUUCAAACCAAUUUGUGAGGUUGUCAAUCCUCCAUGUUAAUUACAAUGCGUGGGUUGCGUUUUAAUGUAACUACUUGGGGCUAUGACUUAUUUAGGAAAUAUUUCUUCGUUUAUCACCUUCGUUUGUCAUUGAGGAUGUAUGAGCGGGGGGGAAGUAAGACAACUCAGCGCUUAAGCCAAUUAAGGUCCGCAAGCAGUAAUCGUACGUGUAGUCGUAGACCAUAUAAUUAAGUUGAUGCAGUGCAGCAGGGAAAUAUGACUAACUUGAGUGCAAUGUUUUUCUGCUCUGCCUUAAUCUGCAGUGAUUUGACUCGAUUUAUCCUCAAGUAAGCGCAUUAGGAAUUACAUGGAGCGGCGACUUCAUGUCACUUUAACUUUGUUAAAGUUAUAGGUAAUAUUAUAGGUAACCGAAAUCGAGAAAACCUGCAUGUAUUAGUCCGUAUAGACUAUAGUAUUAGGUUUCUCACAUAUUUUUCCUUUUUUCUAUACUUUAUUUAUUGGCUAUAAAUAUAUAAUAGUGUAUUCUAUUUUUCUCCAAAUGCGUUCCUUCGACUCAUCUAUUAAUUACAAUUUUUUGUUUCUUUUCGUCAUUUCAGAAUGAAGAGCAUUCUCGUUCAGAUGAUUCUACUUCUCAUUAUCAUUGUGGUACAUGUGUCUUCGCAAGCAAGUUUGACCUGCCAACAAAAAAUAUUGCGAUGUCAGUCUACUUCAAAAGCUUGCCUUAUUGCAUGUACGAAAGUGCAGCAAUGCGACCCAUGUCGGAAAAAAUUUCGGUCAUGCUCAAAUAUUUGUAAAACGACAAACAAGAAAUCUGGAUCAAAGCAUUCAAAGAAUCGCAAUUUAAAGAAACUCAAGCGUAAAAUAAAAAAGUUAUUGCAACUGCUUUGACUUUAUCGUUGACUUUAUCAAAACUGAAAACAUACGUAGAACAAUUAAGAUAUAUUUAUUUUUAUUACAGUUAAUUUAAUAUAUUUGAAUAAACCUUGUAAAUAUAUUUCAUUACUCAUACGUUUGGUAUCUAAACUAGUUAACAUAAUCAAAAUUAUGUGUAUAAUGUUAAAUAAAGAGAAACAAUGAAAUUUGGCUCUAUCAUGCCGAUUGUAUCAAACUUUAAAGCACGUCUUUCAUGCAAUUUAAUUGUAUAAUGCUUUAUCAUUUAUCAGCCAUACAAUUUUCAAGGGUCUUAGCUUUUGAAUGACACCUUUCUUGUAUUAUUCCAAGCACAAUUAACCAAAUACGAGCCGAUUAAUAAUUGCCGGUCAAAAUCACAUUUUUCCACUUUUGAGUUUUGUGCAUAAUUAACAAGUACAUACAGUAAGUCAAAAUGAAAAGCAAUUAAUUACUAAAUAAUGUGUCUUGCCAAAC